UAGGGCGUGUACAUUUUUGAACUUGGGCCAUUAAAAAUCGAAACUAGACUUUUUCGUAUUUAAAUUAAACUUUCGUCUUUGUUGCUGUUCGCUCUUUUAGUCUACCAUUGCGCGUACCAUUUUCAGUGCAUUGCAUAAUAGCAGCUAGAUAGCUGGUAAUUUAUACGCGAAGUCGUCUCGCUAUCUAGUUAGUAGAGUUACCAUCACGCUUUCAAAUGCAUUUCUUUUCCCUAAGGGUUCAUUUGUAUAUCUAUGCUUGUAUGUUGUUACCAUCUUACCUUUACAAACACAAUGCAUACAAAAAGAUAAGACAGCUAGUCACUAUAUUCUAGUUAAUACUCUCUUCAUCGCAGACAUCUUUUUACGCACACUUGAGUUGCGGCAUAUCGCAAAUACCGUUAUCAUUUUUUGUUCCACUUUUUCAAAAAAAAAAGCUAAAAGCACUUUAUUUUUCAUUGAGGUGUUUCACAAUCGGAGUCACAAGCUAUGCUCUAUUUUCGAACAAUCGAUGGCAUGAGUGCUAAGGUUCACGAAAAUGCUCUGAGGUUGUUGUGAAGCUGUGGAUUUUGUGGCCAGAUUGUCAGGGCCCACCGCGACCAUAAAAUCCUCCAGCUGUGACGUUAUUAAGUUAUUCCGCAAUGCCUAACCGCAUUAUUGUAGCAUGAAUUGGGUGAAAAUGAAGAUGCGAGAAAGAGCAGACAAAACCCCCGAAUUUUUCAUGUUACCUUUCAAAUAAACCCUAGAGACCUUCUCCGCACGGCGAGUGUGCAAGACAUACCUAUGCCGGAAUCUCAAAUUGCAACACUAUUCAGCCCAAAUGAUCGCUGCGAAAAACUCAGACAUGGCGGGUUAAAAUAGCGAUGAACGGCGGCGGGAUAUUUGGAUCACGUGACAAUCGGGGUAAUUUUACCCAACUGCCAACCAGUCCUGCACGUACCCCCAAUUUCCACCAAGGGACUUCAACGCAUCAAAUUAGUGUCGGCGCUUGUCCCAAUUUACUUUUCAAACAGAAACCGGCGGCAAGGUACAACAUCACCACCAGUAGUUCAGACAGCUAUAAAGACUUUAUCACUCAGAAUCGGAGCCUGACGGGCACCAAGGAUAACAAACCAUGGGCGGUAAAAGAUGAUCUCAAUCAAUGGGGGGAAAGAGCCUUAGUUGCGAGAAACGGAUUGUCCGUGAACAGAACUUACAGUCACACUGUCUCUAGGUUGCAACCUGAGCUAGCAUCCUCAAAAACACCUAAGCGAAACAGCUAUACCAAUCCAGGGUACGAAUCGCCGAGAAAGUGUUUGUCCAGCCCUCUUAAUCCGAUUUCGAAUGGUUCGCCUAAAGUCAGUGUGCAAAUGGCGCCCUCCUAUCAAAAAAGAUCAUCUGGACCCCAUCAUCAGACCCAAAACUACUCACCUCUUUGGAGCCCCAAAGGAAAAUCAUCCUUGAAAUCUCACCUUCUCAAUGGCGAUAUCACAGUCGGCGAAAACAACUUAAACGACCUUGGCGAAAGUAAAAAGUUCUCACAUCAGUCUUAUUCGUCCAAGUUUAAAGUCGACCCAUUGAACCCAAGUUACUUCUCUUCUCAAAGACAUAACAAUAAUCAAUUGAAUACACACGUCGGAAGACCGGAACGAGUCGGAGAGCCACGAAGUCCGAGUGAUUGCUCGGCCGACGGAGUUCAAUCGGAACAACUGACACAGUCGUUUAAUUGCUCGGUUGACACAACUGCCAUUUUAGACCGAGACCACUCGAAGAGCGCCGAUAGAAAUCCGCAUUUGUAUCAGAUGAACGACUCCUUAAGCCUACAAGAUAAACAGCAGAAAGAAAUAAGAAUAGCACUUUUCGGACUGCGAGGUGUCGGCAAAUCGUCCAUAAUUUUGCAAUUCAUCAGACGGAAGUUCAGAACGCACUACAUUCCAACAAUCGAAGAUACAUAUCAGAAGGAACUGGAGACUAGCGCUGGUCGGAGAACCCUUCGGAUAACAGAUACAAACGGAAACUUCCAGUUCCCGACUAUGCAGCGAAAGACCAUCGCCAAUUCACAUGUCAUUCUUCUCGUGUUUUCCGUCGACAGUCGAGAAUCACUCGAAUUCCUCAGCCGAAUUCACGAAGACAUCAUCAAAUAUGGCGCCAAACACCCGCCCAAAUUAGUCGUUCUGGUCGGCAACAAGUGCGACCGACGAGAAGGCCGAGAAGUGAGUCAGAGCUCGGGUCUGUCGAGUGCGAAGUCGUGGGGGUGCCCCUAUGUGGAGACGUCGGCAAAAGACGACACGAACGUUGCCGAUCUUUUCUGUGGUGCUGCUAAACUGUGUGUGGAGUCUUCUUCAUCACCAUUGUGCACUAACGGCCGGUGCAUUAACAGAACUGAUGAUUCAGAUGCGAUUAGGAGACGAGACAGAUUAAAACUGGAUCACGGCGGUGGUCGAAUCAAACCAGCUUGUUGCCAAACUUGCUGCAUUAGUUGACCGCAGAUGACCCUUUUAUUUGACCCUCAGAGAUGUCAACGAAUCUGCCAAAAUCCAAUCCGAAAAUAACCUCACUUAUAGAGUAGUUUAUUGUAACUCUUCUGGUUGCUAUUUUUAUUUGGUCGCUUCUGAAGACUUUAUGUAUCACAUGUGCUUUAAAAAGUCUGGUAAGGACGCUGCCAAAAAACUGGCAAUUUUAGUAAAAUAAACA